AUGUCAAGAAGAGAGAGAACACAUAUCUCGGAGGAAGCGAAGGUCUUCCUCCAGAAAGCCUAUAAAGAAGGGAUGACCAGGGUGGGAUCUCCACUGGUUGGAGCGGCAUCCCAGGCCACUGGCUUGCCACCGUUUGUCAUUGAUAACUGGAUUGGAAACUAUAGAAGAAAAAAGCCAUCUUCUUCUCAACCUAAAAACAAGAAGUUAUACACCAAGGACCUGUCUGGUUACAACCUGUUCUGCAGGGAUCAGUUAAAGAACAAAGGAAGCCUGAAAGAUAUUACACAGAAAUGGUCCACUUUGGCAGAAGAGCAGAAGAGGCAAUAUGCGGAGGAGACAGCAGCUCUAAAAGUUCAGCACACUUCAGAUGACAUGAGCCCAGAUAUGCGAUGCCUGAAAUUGAAGAAGCACCUAAAGCAGAUGAAAAUAGAGGUUGCCAGUCUUGAGAAGCUUGGUGUAGAGACUGGUGUAAUGAUGUAUGACCAUCAAAAGCCUUUCUUAGAAGUCCUACAAGUGAGCAGCAAAGGUGCUUCUUCGUUCUUUGACAUACUGGACAACUUUGCACUGCAUUUCAAAGGAAAAUCAUCAUCUACUUCUGCUGCAAAAGAACCGGUUGAUUCAAUGGUUAAGAAAGUGCAGGAGCUCUUCAACAGGAAAUACAAUGAGCGGAGCGUAACAGAGCCUAUGGGUUUGACGGAAGUGCUGUCAAGAGAACCGACUACAGAUGAUACUACGGAUGUUUGCAACAUCUGCCACUGUCUGUUCAGUGAUGAGAAAAAAAAUGCCAAGAAGAAGUGGCGUGAGUGGCGACGUUGCAACACAUGUGAGCAGUGGUCACACCUGGCAUGUGGAUUCAAGAAAAACUUGUGUCGUCAUUGUCAGACUCCCAGAAGUUGAGCCUUGCUAUGUCUUUCAGAGCGAAGGUGAAACAUUAACAUGUUUAACGU